CUUUGCUCCAUCUCUCACCAGCGUGCCGUGUCAAGCCGAUGUGGCACAAGCAGUUUGCCGCGGAGCCAUGGGGCGGCACUGCUUCGUGACCGAAGUGAAAGAGGGGAAGAUCGCGGAGUACCUGCAGUACCACGACAACAUCUGGCCCGAGGUGGUCAGGGGGCUCCGCGCUGCAGGCGUCAAGGACCUCGUUAUCUUCAGGGUGCCUGGUACUCGAAGGCUGGUGCUGCAGAUCACGACGGCCGGGGACAUCGACCUGGGGGCGGCCACUGGUCCAGGGAGCCAUUACCGCAAGGACCCUAGGUGCAAGGAAUGGGAGGAAUUGAUGGACUCUGACUUUCACGGCGGCUGGACAGAGUGCGAGGAAGUCCGCGCCAGCGACCGCGAGUGGAACACCGCGCUUGGCGCCCAAGCGAGGGCACGGGUCGGCGACGAGCUUCCGGCCCCGAAGCGCAGCAGGGCCGAGUGAGACCUAGUUGUCAGGGGCCAAGCUGGAUAUGCACGCGGCAAGACCUUCGGCAGUUCCGGCGGCGUUUCGUUCCGAGUCUGCCCAGAGCUCUUGCUGGUGAGUUGUCGAGGCACGUCCGGUGGAGACGCAAAAA